AUGUAUACACCCCAGACGACGAUAAGUGAGGUGAAACACAGAUUAGAAGCUCAAGCUAUAGCGCUUCAUAAUGCUAUCAAGAAGUUAGAUGAAACAAGCCAAUCUAUACUAAAAAUGGUUGCUGAUGGUGUAAAAGCGGAACAAACAAUCAAGACAGCAACAAAACUAGGAGUGACACUACGAGACGAGGUAGAUACACAACCAGGCAAGCUUGAACAUAUGCAAUUCCAAAUGAGCAAAAUGGCUACGAUGAUGAAAGAAACGAGAGUGUACAUAUUUUCUUACGGUUAUAUCCUAGGCACGAGGGAGGUGACUAGAUAUUGUACCGGAUUCCAAUCAGUAGGCAAAUUUGGAGCGUUUAUGACACAGAUGAAGAGCUUCGGAGCCAAGUAUGAACCGGGGAGAAGAUCUGGGACUUUUGAGAAUGCAAUUGUGAUGUGGUUCGCCCGUGUUCGUCAUAACUUAGAGCAGGACAUCCAGCACAUGAUUUUUGCUAUUAGACGAAGAAUCAACAACCGCUGGCUGUUACCGUAUUUUGAGGUAGAUUACCCAAAUACAGCACUCGUCAUAGAUUGUACAGAGUACUUCUUGGAAACCUCGUCUAACUUAGACACACAAAGAGCCUCGUGUAGCAACUACAAGCAUCACAAUAUCCCGGAGUAA